AUGUCGGCUGGGGCUGAUACGAAGGGAAGCCACAGCACUGCGGUGGAGGAGCCUCCAUUGAAAGCGCAUACCAUUUUCUCUGAGAGGAGGAAGAUUUGCUGCAUCCUCACAUGCACCAGCAUGACCUUCCUGGGCCCCGUGGCUAGUACCGUGUACUUUCCGGCCCUAGGUCCACUGGCAGAGGCCCUGGGCGUCUCUCACAGCGACAUCAACUUGACCCUAACGUCGUACAAGCUCAUUCAAGCACUGGCGCCAUUAUUGACAGCCUCCGCUUCUGACAAGAAAGGGCGCAGGCCCAUUUUUCUGUGGUGUCUGUUGGUUUUCUUGGGGAGUAAUAUCGGCCUCGCGCUCCAGACCAAUUUCGUGGCACUUCUGCUGCUGCGCUGCUUGCAGAGUUUUGGCUCUAGUAGUGUGACCAUUGUAUCUGGAGCAGCAAUUACCGAUCUCGUUACUCGAGGCGAACGGGGCAAAUAUAUGGUUUAUUCGUCUCUAGGGCUGAAUGCUGGGAUGGCGAUUGGGCCUAUCAUCGGCGGUAUUCUGACUCAGUUCUGGGGCUGGAGGAGCAUCUUCUGGUUCCUCGUUGUCAUUACCAGCGUGCCAUUCCUCAUUGUAGUGUCGUUGUUCCCGGAGACCUGCCGGAGCAUUGUUGGAGAUGGUAGUAUACCUCCCCAGCGGUGGAAUAGGAACAUUUCUGAGCUACUUCGGCCCAAGGAUGGCAGGCCGAUUAACCAUGAGACGCAGGCAACCUUCAAACGCCGCCCGAGCGUAUGGAAUACAUUAAGGAUUCUCUGGGACAGGCAUAUAUUGCUUCUCGCCACCUGCAGCGCUCUUUUCGCCUCUGGAGUUACCAUUGUUUUGGCAACAAUUCCAACCAUGAUGGAGAGAAAGUACGAGUUCAACCCCCUCCAGGUCGGGCUCUGCUAUAUUCCGUAUGCGGUAGGCAGUUUAACAACACGGUGGACCGCGGGCAGUCUCGUUGAUUGGAACUUUAAACGCCAUGCGAGCCGGGUGGGUAUCUUGACAGAGCCCAACCGUCAAUUCCCGCAACAGCUGCAGUUGAUUCCAGUGGAAAAGGCUCGGUUGGAGCUACUCUUGCCGUUUUUAUAUCUCUCCUCCGUCAUCAUGGUAGCCUAUGGGUGGACCAUGAACUACCCCAUCCAUCUGUCCGGGCCGUUGGUCCUGCUGUUCUUCCUGGGAAACGGUACGGCCGGGGUGAAUAGUAUUAUCUCCACACUGAUGGUUGAUCUUCAUAUAAACCAGCCAGGCUCCGUUUUAGCCGCGGCCAACGCCUUCAAGAAUCUGUGUGGGGCUGCCGCCGCUGCUGCUGCUAAGAGGCCAACGUUACGUACAAUUGAGCAGCCGGCUAUCUAUUAA